UGUGCUUGAAGCUUUUCAGCUUCAGUCCCGGACGAGAUUUAGCAACGUGCGCUUGGUUUCAUCAGCAGCUCUCCAGCUGACGGCGAACGCGUGCAACGCGUAACGUGAAAAAAGCAACGUUUAUUUAUGCGCGGACAACGGAUUAUACUUGCGAUAAAAAAAAAACAAGCACGCUAAAAUAAAUAAUUUUUUAAUAAUACCAUAACAAUAUAGUGGAGCUGGGAGUGCUGUUGUGUAACCGCGCUUAAAUUUGUAUAAAACUAAAUAGAAAAUAUAAAAGAAAAUCGCUUUAUAUUUGUAUCUAUCUAUAACGCAAAAGCAUAAAUUUGAUUACAAUGUUAAGCGCAGGCCGAAUGUAAAAACUUGGGGGCCAGCGCUCACACGCGAAGCGCGUCAGAGCGUUGACGGCAGCGUCGACGUCAACGUCGGCGUUGACGCAGCGGCCCGCAUUGUGUAUAAUAAAAUUUGCGAAAAAAAACGGCGGAAUGAAUUGAGCCAGGCAGCGACGCUGACGCUGACGCCGAGGCUGAUGCCAGUAAAGAUGUGCGCGCACAAUACAAAAAUUACAAAGCAUACUUUUGGGAGCGGCAAAUGGUCAAAAUCAACAGCAGCGGCAGCAGCAGCCAGCAGAAGCAGCAGCAGCAGUACCAUCAGCCAGCAGCAGCAACAACAAUGUCAACGCUACAACGGACGCUGAGCGUGCACAACUAAGCUACUUAGUGGUGGGAGUUAAGCAUACAAACCGAGACAGAGAGAGAGACAGAGAGAGACAGAGAGAGAGCGAGUUUAGGAGAGCGAAAGCACGAGUGCUUUACGCCGCAACGGAAGACCCAUGGCCAGUGCAAAAAUGCGCACUAGGAAGGCGCCAGCGCCAGCGCGUGGGUGCAACAAGGAUAAGCAGCAGCUACAGCAGCAGCAGCAGCAGCAACACCAGCAGCAGCAGGACAAACGCCUGACACAGCCUGCCAUUUAGGAAUCACAGCCAAACGCGAACACAAGCAAAUACUAUAUAGAAUAUAUAUACAUAUAUAUGUACUACGCAAAUACUCAGCAGCAGUUGAAAUCAAAUCAAAUCAAAGCAAAUCAAAUAUCACGCAUACGCCAUGGAGCCAGUUAUGAGUUUGGCCUUGGCUGCCCAUGGGCCACCCAGCAUACUGGAGCCGUUGUUUAAAACCGUAACUACGAGCACAACCACAACAACAACAACAACAGCUGCGACAACAAGCAGCAGCAGCAGCAGCCCCACAAUCAGCCCCACAACCAGCACCACAUUGUUAACGGCCCUGUUGGAGAAUCUGACGUCAACGGCAGCGAGCGGCUUCUACGAUCCGUAUGGGAAUCAGACGAACGGCACAUUGGGCUUUGAUACAAAGGGGCCGAGGUACUCGCUGGCCUCGAUGGUGGUUAUGGGCUUCGUAGCGGCGAUUCUGAGCGCGGUAACAGUUGCUGGCAAUGUCAUGGUCAUGAUAUCGUUCAAGAUCGAUAAACAGCUGCAGACGAUCAGCAAUUAUUUCCUCUUCUCGCUGGCAAUUGCGGACUUUGCAAUCGGCGCCAUUUCGAUGCCACUGUUUGCCGUCACGACCAUACUGGGCUAUUGGCCGCUGGGGCCGCAUGUCUGCGACACCUGGCUGGCCCUCGACUAUUUGGCCUCGAAUGCCUCGGUGCUGAACCUGCUGAUCAUCAGCUUCGAUCGCUAUUUUAGUGUCACACGGCCGCUGACCUAUCGCGCCAAGCGCACGACCAACAAGGCGGCCGUCAUGAUUGGCGCCGCCUGGGGCGUCAGUUUGCUCCUUUGGCCACCCUGGAUCUACAGCUGGCCCUACAUCGAGGGCAAGCGCACGGUGCCCAAGGACGAGUGCUAUAUACAGUUCAUUGAGACGAAUCAGUAUAUUACCUUUGGCACAGCGCUUGCGGCAUUCUAUUUUCCGGUGACCAUCAUGUGUUUUCUCUACUUUCGCAUUUGGCGCGAGACGAAGAAGCGUCAAAAGGAUUUGCCCAAUUUGCAGGCGGGCAAAAAGGAUUCCAGCAAGCGUUCCAAUAGCAGCGAAGAAAACACCGUGGUGAAUCACGCAGCUGGCGGCUUGCUGGCAUUUGCCCAGUUGGGCGGCAAUGAUCACGACACCUGGCGCCGACCGCGCUCCGAGAGCUCGGCGGAUGCGGAAAGCGUUUACAUGACCAACAUGGUCAUCGAUUCGGGCUAUCAUGGGAUGCACUCGCGCAAGUCAAGCAUCAAGAGCACGAAUACAAUCAAAAAGCCAUAUUCAUGCUUUGGCAGCAUCAAGGAGUGGUGCAUCGCGUGGUGGCAUUCGGGCCGCGAGGACUCCGAUGAUUUUGCCUACGAGCAGGAGGAGCCAUCUGAUUUAGGGUAUGCAACACCAGUAACAAUUGAAACUCCUUUACAAAGCUCCGUCUCCAGAUGCACCUCGAUGAACGUCAUGCGGGACAACUUUUCGAUGGGCGGCAGCGUGAGCGGGGUGCGGCCACCGAGCAUAAUGCUGGCGGAUGUGUCGCCGACGCCGUUGCGUCCGCCACUCAAUUCCAUUUCGCAGAUGCAAAUGCAGGAAAUUAAUGCGACCGGCAAUGGCAACAACGGCAACGGCAACGUCAACAUCAAUAUCAGCAUUAACAGCGCCAACGGCAACGGCGGUGGCGUCGGCGUCGGCGUAGGCGGCGGUGUUGCCGCUGGUAUUGCCAGCAACAAUAACAACAUGAAUGGCGGAGCCAACAGCAACUCGAAUGUGAACACGCUGCGUGACUCACGCACGCUGCCCGUGAGCAAUCGCAUCGGGUCGCGCUCGGUCAGCCAGGACUCGGUCUAUACAAUACUCAUACGGCUGCCGCCAGAUAGCGCCAGCGGAGCGAAUGGCAGCGGCGGCACUUCGACCGGCGGCAGCGCGGUGGGCAAUUCGAGCGCGCAUGGCGACUGUGCGCCCUCCAUCAAGAUGAUACACGAGGAUGUGUCGGCGCCAAAUGCGACUGUGGGCGUGGUAACGGCGCCGCCGCUCACGCGACGACCGCUGCCGUCGAGAGACUCGGAGUUCAGUCUGCCGCUGGGCAGGCGCAUGUCGCAUGCACCGCACGAUAUGCGUCUGCUCAAUGCGAAGGUCAUACCCAAGCAGCUGGGCAAGGCGGGCGGCCCGAAUGCGCUGCUCAAUGCGCGCAAUGCGGCCAAGAAGAAGAAAAAGUCACAGGAGAAGCGACAGGAAUCGAAGGCGGCCAAAACGCUCUCGGCCAUAUUGCUGAGCUUCAUCAUCACGUGGACACCGUACAACAUAUUGGUGCUGAUCAAGCCGCUGACCACCUGCUCGGACUGCAUACCCACCGAGCUGUGGGACUUCUUCUAUGCCCUGUGCUACAUCAACUCCACAAUAAAUCCCAUGUGCUACGCCCUGUGCAAUGCCUCCUUCCGACGCACCUACAUACGCAUCCUCACCUGCAAGUGGCAAUCGCGCAAUCGCGAGGGCAUGGUCAGGGGUGUUUACAACUAGAGAUCCGGCAGCGGUUCCCAAAACCCAAGCAAACACAUUCAAUUCAUAAUAGUUGCAAUAAAUGUUGUGCGCAAAAUUAAAACCAAAAAAAAUAUAUAUAUAUA